GAGGGGACCCGCUCGUGAAGGGAAGGCAGCGGCAUGAGGGGCCGCGGGGGCGGCCGGAGCGACCGGCAAGCGACGCUCUUCCAGGUGUGGGGGACGCCGCCUGCCGCUGCGGAGGCCCCCGAAGAAGCCGUGUCCGAGGAGGCGCCGGCUCCGGGGCCUUUGUGCCCUCCUUCUCCGGGCGGUUUCGGGGGCGGCGCGGCGGGCUCCGUGUGGCUGUUCCCGUGCGGCGCCGGCGUGGAGGAGCGCGGCUACCAGGUCCGGGCCUCCCGGGCGGCGCUCUUCCAGAACACGCUGCUGUGCCUGCCGACGGGGCUGGGCAAGACCCUGGUGGCGGCCGUGGUGCUGGGCAACUUCUACCGCUGGUUCCCCGGAGGGAAGGCGCUCUUCCUGGCGCCCACCAAGCCCCUCGUGGCCCAGCAGAGGGACGCCUGCGCCGCCCUCAUGGCCAUCCCCGCCGGGCACAUGGCCGCCCUCACCGGAGGGACCCAAGUGGCUGAUAGGAAAGAAAUCUGGGAAAAUAAGAGGGUUUUCUUUCUUACGCCUCAGAUAAUGGCAAAUGACCUUUUCCGCGGAGUGUGUCCUGCAGUGAAAAUUAAAUGUCUGGUUAUUGAUGAAGCCCACAGAGCUCUUGGAAAUCAUGCUUAUUGUCAGGUUGUGAAAGAAUUAUGCAAAUAUACACGGCAGUUCCGUAUUUUGGCUCUAAGUGCCACUCCUGGCAGUGACACAAAGGCUGUGCAACAAGUUAUUUCCAACCUGCUGAUUUCACACAUAGAACUAUGUACUGAAGAUUCUCCUGAUAUCCAGCCUUACACUCACCAGCGACAGGUUGAAAAAUGUGUUGUUCCACUUGGGAAAGAGCUGGCUGAAGUUCGUAAUGCUUACAUCAAGGUCCUGGAAACAUUUGCCGGCCGACUGAUUAGGCUCCAGGUUUUGUCUAAACGUGAAAUUCCUACACUUACUAAGUAUCAGAUCAUUUUAGCACGGGAUCAAUUUAGGAAAAAUCCUUCACGCACUGUGGGAAUGCAACAAGGCGCAAUAGAAGGAGAUUUUGCUCUUUGUAUUAGUUUGUAUCAUGGUUAUGAGCUACUGCUGCAAAUGGGAAUGCGAUCCUUAUAUAUCUUCUUAUGCGGAAUUAUGGAUGGAUCAAAAGGUAUGACUCGAACCAAAAAUGAACUUGGGCGUAAUGAAGACUUCAUGAUGUUGUAUAGCCAGCUUGAAAACAUGUUUGCAGACACAAAUGUGACUUCAGCAAAUGGUGCUGGAAACAGGAAGCCAUUCAUCUACAGUCACCCAAAGUUAAAGAAAUUAGAAGAUGUUGUAGUAGAACAUUUCAGAUCCUGGAAGGAGCGUGGAGGUCAAAGUGCACCUGAAGGCCAACCUGGGGAGACCAGAGUCAUGAUCUUCUCCUCCUUCCGUGACAGCGUGCAGGAAAUUGCAGAAAUGCUGAGCCAGCACCACCCGGAGGUGAGGGUCAUGACCUUUGUGGGCCACUCCACCGGCAAGAACACCAAGGGCUUUACGCAGAAGGAGCAGCUUGAGGUCGUGAAACGUUUCCGUGAGGGUGGCUACAACACUUUAGUCUCCACGUGUGUGGGCGAAGAAGGCUUGGAUAUUGGAGAAGUUGACCUCAUCGUUUGUUUCGAUGCUCAGAAAAGUCCUAUUCGGCUCGUGCAACGAAUGGGCCGAACCGGGCGCAAGCGGCAAGGGCGGAUCGUGGUCAUCCUUUCUGAAGGACGGGAAGAGCGAACAUACAAUCAAAGCCAGUUAAACAGAAGAAGUCUCCUCAAAGCUAUUUCUGAAAGUAAAGGGCUCCACUUAUACCAGCACAGCCCACGGAUGAUUCCGGAAGGCAUCAACCCGAAGAUGCACAAGAUGCCAAUUAUGCCUGCGGAGCGUGAGCCAAGCCCCUCCAAGCCCACCUCAAAAGGGAGGAGAGACCAUGCUCUGCUGCUCCAAAGGUGGCUUCCCUAUCCCACUGGGACAGAUGCAAAGCUAACCCGUACGUCCGAAGCUUGGUGCCUUACAGCUGAAGAAUUUGAAAGAUGGAAUAGAUUGUAUAAAAUCAAAGCUGGUGAUGGAAUAAGAAACCCAGUUAUGCCUCGAAGUCACUUUGAAACAUUAGAAGAUGAGGAGAAGAGAGACUCUCACGCCAAGGAGGUCCAUGUGCUGUCUCUGACAGAGUGGAGGCUGUGGCAGAACCGCCCUUUCCCUACCCACCUGGUGGACCACUCAGAUCGCUGCCACCACUUCAUUGGCGUGAUGGAGAUGAUCGAGCAGAUGAGGCACGAAGAGGGAGAAUGCCGUUAUGAGCUGGAUACCCGUCCUUAUUUUCACUGGGAAGAUGUUGAGGCAUCAGAGGAGGCUCAGCGGGGCAAGAGGUGUCGUGAUGCUGCAGCUGCUCAAAAGGCGCCUUUCUCUAGAAAAACCCUGGCAGAGGCUCCAAAAGCGGCAGCACACCGCUCAUCUCCCUCCGUGGAGCUUGAUGCAGAAUGUGUAUCUCUCUUUAAAGCGACGAGCUUCAAAUCUGUGAAUAGGCCUCAGGCACUGACGGUAGAUUCUGAAAGUCAUGCUCCGGAGGGGCUCAGCCCUGCAGAUGGUUUCCCAGCAAGCACUUUGCCAUUGGUUGAAGGUGCUGGAUGUAAAAAAAUGUCAGAUAAGAAUGAGGAAAACAUGGAGGAAUCUGCUAGCACAAGCCCUGCCCAGAGAAGCAUUGCUGAUUGUGAAAAUGCAGCAGAAACAGAAUUUCAGCCCAUCUCAAAAGUGUGCGGCUCAGGGAAUGGACAUGGUGCAGAUUCAGUCUACGCCUGCCCUGAAGAAGAAAAUUCUCCCCUUUCUUCCUUGUUUUAUGCACCACCACCAGCAGCGGUGGAUUUGUUUGUGCUUCCUGGUGCAAGUGCCGAUGAGGAUGCUUUUUGGGAAAAAUGCAUCCCAACAAAUGCAGCAAGGCUUCUGUCACAGUCUCCCCCUCCUCUGAAUGAAUUAUUUGCCUCUGAAGAAGAGACAGAGGAUGUAGCCCAGCAGUUGAGCUCAGUGCAAAAAUGUGUUUCCAGUGUGUUUGCAGGCAAAUGUCCUUCAGGAGAAAAACCGACACCUUUCAAACCACUUUCCACGUCGCCUCAGAACAUGUCUGAACUCACCGAUGCUCAGGAACAGUGUUCCUUGGGUAACCUUUUGGGGGAAAGCUGCAUUCCUGAAGCUUCCUUUAGCAAGAUAAAUGAUUUUGAUUGGGAUGAAAUAUUUGAGUGUGACAAUGAAGAGCAGGUGAGCAUUCAAGGGAGAACUCCACCAAUGGCAAAUCAUGAUCCAGGAGCAAACCAUUCAGGAAAGGAGAAGGCUUGUGGAAGUUAUCAAGGAUACCAGAAACUGGCUGAGAGGAAUGCAAGCCCUACUGAAGUGCCUGGGCGUUUCUUUAUAGGAGAGGGUUUUGCAGAGAGUGGCCCUCAUCCAGACACAAAAGGAGGGGAGCUUUCAGAGCCAUCAUUGUGGGGUAGUGAAGCCAGCACCCCAAGCAAGGGAGAGGAGACCUCUGGAAGGCAGCCCUCAGGGGAGGAGCUUCAUGAGGUCAGCCAAGGAAACCCCAUGAAGUCAUUGACAAUCCCAGGAGAUGGAGGUUUGGAAGCAUCUGUUGAUCCUGUCCGUGCAGGCAAAGCAGAAGAAGCCCAGCGUCCUGGAGAGUUCUACAAUGUUUCUCAGGAGUUGUUCUCUGUUAAUUUUGAUCUGGGUUUCCUGACUCAAGAAUCGGAGGACGAGUGCUCAGAGCAAGUUGACAGCAUGAAAGAUGGGGGAACUCACGCGGCAGUUAGCUCCUCUAGCGCUGAAGUUGCGCUCUCAAACAGCAACAUGUCAAGGAAGUCUCCACUGACCUGGGGUCAUGAAUGCUUUAAUGGAACCAAGUUUUCUACACCUUUACACCUUGCGGCAGUUGAAAACGUUAUUCCCUUGGUCUCUCCUUUGACACCAGUGAGAGGGAAACUGUGCCAGUCCCCAAGUUCUGCGCACGCUGCAUUUUCCACACCGACAGGUAGGCAGGUGAGCCAUGCUGGCGUCCCCAGGAGAACCCCCACAAGCUCUUUCUCCGGGAAUAGGCAGGAAAGCCCACAGGCGCCAGUUCCAAGGAGACAGAAUGCAAGUACAGUGAAAAGGGACUUGGCUAACUCCAUUUUCAGCACAGAGGGGCUUGCACUGCAGGAAACCGCGAAGGUGGAAAACGGAAGCCUAAAUGGCCCUAACGUGCUUCCCAUUGAAGUUGGGGCCAGCAGUGAAAGCGAAGAAGAAAUGUUUUUUCUCAGAAAAAAUAAGAAGAAAGUGAACAUUUUCACAUCUCAAAACAUUGAUGAUGACUGUGACUUGGAAUCGCCAGUAUGUGCUGUCAAGAAGCGGAGACGUCAGCUUGUCACAUCAGACUUGUCUAGCGAUGCAAGCCCAGAUUGCUCUGAGAAGAGCUGGAGCAAGAAGCCAGGUGUGAAGAGGCAGAAAAGGGGAGACGCUGCUGCCAGGAAGAAUGCAGCCAAAUACUUCCUGGACCAAGAGGCGGAACUUUCUGAGGAAGGAGCCAUGGAGGUUUCAUCCGAUGAGAGCGUCGGCUCAGAAAAUGUGCAGAGUUCUUCGCUCAUUGAGUUUUUAAAUGAUGAGACACAGAUUAUGCAAGAGCUCAAUGAAUCCGAGAUGCAUGCAGUCUACCUGAAAUCUGUACGAAGCCCAGCUGUUGGCAACAGGUAUAAGAUGCAGAAAGGAUGCAACUCGGUGGCUGUUUUCUCACAGGUUCCAGAGCAGGACGAAAGCUACUUGGCAGACAGUUUCUGUGUGGAGGAGGAGGAGGUGGUGGAGGACCCCAAAAGCUGCUCCAGUGAAGAUGAGGAAGUUUGUGUUGACUUCAACCUGCUGCAGGAGAGCUUUGGGCAGGGAAGAAAGCAGUAUUGCACCCGACGCAGGAGGAAGUUGAAAGAGGCCCUCCUGCAGCAGAGAGCAGCUGCUCCCCCACCGCUCAAGAAACGCUCCCGGAUUCAGAUUCUCAGCAGCUCUAGUGAAGAUGAAGGAGGAGUCAGGAGGGAACCGCCUCCCAUCGUGAAAGCGGACCAGGGCUCGCAUGCGUCCUCAUCGCUGGCGUUAGACCACCGUCUGGACUGCAGAACAUCUGCUCCAAAGGCUGAGAUACGUCCACCCCGAGAGAGCAGGACCCAGGGGCUCAUGGGACUGAAAUCUUCCUUGUCAGAAGAACUGGACUUCCAGGCAACAUCAAAGUCAGAAAGCUCUUUGGGGCACCUUGCGGCGCUCUGCUCCCGGAAGAACCCGCCGCUGCCUCUCUGCAUUCUGGUUGACAGCCGUGAGAUCUCCUCUGGGCCAGAUGUCAUUUCCACCCUGAAAGCUGUUCACAGAGUCAAGGUCCACGUUUGCUCACUGGGCAGCUGCGAUUACAUUGUCAGCAGCCGGCUGGCCGUGGAGAGGAGAUGCCAGGCGGAGCUGCUGAACCCGGCACACAGGAGCAAAGUGGUCCAGCGAAUGCAGCAGCUGAAGAGCAAGUUUGACAGGAUCUGUGUGAUCGUGGAGGAGAGAGUCAAAGCAGGAGAAGCACCGAGAGUGUUCCACAGAAGCAGGCACUAUGACAGCCUCCUGUUGGCCUUCAUCCAGGCAGGAAUCCGGGUGCUCUUCAGCUCCUGCCAAGAGGAGACGGCGGACUUGCUGAAGGAGCUGGCUUCGCUGGAGCAGCGGAAGAACGCGGCCAUCCAAGUGCCCACAGAGGUGCAGGGGGGGCACAGGCAAGAUGCCCUCCGCUUCUACCUGAGCAUUCCCUGCAUCAGCUACCCAGAGGCCCUGGCCUUAUGCCACUGCUUUGGCUCGGUGAAGGAGGCAGCCAACAGUUCCCCAGGCGAGAUGGCAGCCCGCACCCGGAUGAGCCAGCAGAAGGCAGAGAAGGUCUACCAUUACAUGCACUACGGCUUCGAUGCUCAGAUGCUGCCUGAGAAGAUCACGUGACCAACUGCAAAUCACAGGGGGCACCCCUUUUUAAAAGACGCACUUUAUUGUUACAUCUCUUUGUUGUAAGAUAUGUAAAUAAACUUCCGAACUCAGUGAGUUUCAGGCCACAAUUUUCCUCUGGAGAAACCAGGCAGCUGCAAAUGCAGCCUUGCCACAGGGGUUAUUCUGAGUUUAUGCAUCUGUUGAAAAAACACCCUUCUCCAUCUCAAGAACAGGGUGUUGCUGGAGCUCUUCUUCCUACUUCCUUACAAAACCAGAUAGGCUUUGCUCUCCCUUCCCCUGGAGAAAGUUUUAAGAGUAAAGCUUUGUGCUUUCUACAUAACAGCUAAAAAUGAACUUUCUUAAACCAGCGCAGGGAGCCUGAAACCACCCACUUGGGUGAGGCUAAUGGAAGUUGAAAUCCAUCAACAUGUGGAGGGCUGUGCAUUCAUCACUGAUCAAGCUAGACACUUGUAGGGUUUUGCGGGGGCUGUCCGCUGCCUGCCUUUCUCGGAAAUCUAUCCUAUGCAAAAAAAGAAGUGGUCUCUUCUUUGCUCGAUCAUGGUAUAUGGCAGGUGGGGGAAACCUUUUCCCCCUGCCGCCUGGUGAACUACAUCAGCCCCAGAGGUUAGGGGCUAGUGAUUCUGGGAGCUGUAAUUCAGCACCAUCUGGAGGACGCGUGCAGUAUAAGGGGCAGGGGCUUCAACAAUUCUGUUCAGUGCCAACAGGCAG